AUGCAGUUACGGACUCCCGCGGCGCCGUCAGACGACGCUGAAGCCGCUCAGGCCUUCUCUGAAAUCGGAGCUUCCGAUGCCCGACGGGGCGCCAGCCUGACAUCACCACGAAAUUUGGCUUCGAACCGUCGUCUGUCGUUUUCUCUCGUCAAGAUCACAUUCUUCCCGCGCACAGACAUCCUUUUGACUGCAUCCACAUGCGAAGCGGCGCUGCAUCAUGGCCGUGCUCCCGGGUCGUGCCCUCGGCCGGGCGGGAUGAGGAUGGUCUCGGGCAAUCCGCUCAAGUCCCUUUCGAACUCGGACUUGCAGCAGCAUCAACGGCUCAAGUUUCAGCAUCGCGAAAAGCAAGCUCUAAAUUCAAAGCUUUGGCAAGAAUUCGGUGGCGCAUUCCGCUCACAUUUUGACUUCGGCAACGCCGCCGCGCCACGACGUUGA